UGUUUGUCAAAUCGAUUGUGUUAUCGAAUAAGCAGCAACGUGCUACGGAUUUGAUUCUGGAGGAGUAAAAACCAUGGUAACCACAAGCCAGGAGCAGGGGCAUGAUGCUCUCACUGCCACCUCAGCUGUUACCGGCCUGCCACAGAAACGUUUCUAUCGCCAGCGAGCCCACUCGAAUCCUAUAGCGGAUCACAGUUUCGAUUAUCCAGCACGGCCUGAAGAUGUUGACUGGAGUGCCUUAUAUCCAAACAUACAGCCGGAUCAACAAGUGGAGUUCGCCGAUAUUGGUUGUGGCUAUGGUGGCUUUCUAGUGACCCUUGGCGAGAUGUUUCCCCAGAAACUCUCAAUAGGCAUGGAAAUACGUGUGAAGGUGUCAGACUAUGUGGUGGAUCGCAUAGCGGCUCUACGUUUAAAGAGUGGAAAACUAAAUGGCGAUGCUUAUAAGAACAUUGCCUGCAUACGGACCAAUGCAAUGAAAUAUUUGCCGAACUAUUUCCGCAAGGGGCAGCUCGAAAAGAUGUUCUUUCUGUAUCCAGAUCCUCAUUUUAAACGAGCCAAGCACAAGUGGCGCAUUAUCAAUCAGGCACUACUUUCCGAAUAUGCUUACGUUCUAAGGCAGGGUGGUCUGGUUUAUACAAUGACCGAUGUGGAGGAUUUGCAUCAAUGGAUUGUGUCCCAUAUGAAUCAACAUCCACUCUACGAGCGCAUUAGUCCAGAGGACGAGAGUCAGGAUCCCAUUACGCCCAAACUCUACCAGAGCAGCGAGGAAGGUGCCAAGGUUGUCCGAAAUAAAGGGGAUCACUUCUUGGCCAUAUUCCGCCGUAUCUAG